CGUGUUGUUCAUGCAAUUACCGAACUGCUGCAGGCACAUGGCAACGAUAGCUUAAACGAUAAAUAAACGAAUGACUGAUAGAUGUGCUAUUUUUAUUGCACCGGGGGGCGCUUGAAACCAACAAUAGCACGCAGCAGAUUUCUCCACCGUCUCCGUGACGGGACUCCGCACACAGCUGUCAUGACUCGUGUUGUGAGCGCUGGAAGAUUUCUGAAGAUGCCGAACGCUGGCCGGCGAGUUACCGAGAAUAUGUGGAUUAAUAAGAAAACCCAGUGAAGCUUUAAUACAUCAGGUCAUCCCCUGGACUGGACGGCACUGCGGCGACGCGAUGGCAGGGAUCAUUAAAAAGCAAAUACUGAAACAUUUGUCCAGGUUCACGAAGAACCUCUCCCCAGAUAAGAUCAACCUGAGCACGCUGAAGGGCGAGGGGCAGCUCUCCAACCUGGAGCUGGACGAGGAGGUUCUGCAGAACAUGUUGGACCUGCCCACCUGGCUGGCCGUCGCCCGCGUCUACUGCAACAAGGCUGCCAUACGGAUACAAUGGACAAAGCUGAAAACCAGUCCCAUUUGCCUGUUUCUUGAUAAGGUGGAAGUAGAAAUGAGAACCUGUGACGAGCCACGCCCACCCAAUGGCCCCUCCCCUAUCGCCAUCACAGCAGGUCAAAGUGAAUACGGCUUUGCUGAGAGGGUGGUGGAGGGCAUGUCUGUGGUCAUCAACUCCAUCGUCAUUAAAGUCCAAGCGCGAGCCUUCCGCGCCUCCUUCGAGCUGUGGCAGCUCCAGGGCUGCAGCCUGAACCCCAAGUGGCAGAAGACAGACCUGAGAUACACACGCAUCACACACCCCAAGAGAGGAGAGGUUUUGACCUUUAAGGAGAUUAACUGGCAGAGUCUCCGUAUAGAGGCGGAUGCUAUGGAGAGUGAAGACCAGGACCUGGGCAGCACACCGCUGCGCCUAAUCACCAAUCAGGGCCGAAUCCGCAUCGCCCUCAAACGCAGGGUGAAGGACUGUAACGUUCUUGCCUCCAAGCUGCUCUUCAUCCUGGACGAUCUGCUGUGGGUUCUGACCGACUCGCAGCUCAAAGCCGUCAUCCACUACGCCGAGUCCCUCAGCGAAGCCAUGGAAAGGUCCGCCCAGCAGAGGAAGAGCACGGCGGCCGAGACACUGCAGACGGCUCCUCCCUCCCCUGGGCCGCAUCACGCGUGGGCGGAGCCUCCCCCUGCCGCCGUGGGAACGCCCAGCACGCUGGCGCAGUAUUUCGACCUCCAUGACGUGAAGGAGUCGUCCUACCACACAUUCAUCUCCCGCCUGGACCUGCACGUCUGCAACGACGGCCCACCCGUCCAGUCCGACGAGCCCCCGAUUCCUGGCUCCCAGGGCGCAAUGCAGUUGACCUUUCGUAAGCUGGGCUGUGAUUACUACCCUUUCCACAGGCCAGGUGACGACUGCCGACACUGGGAACACUACUGUGGAGCAAUGGACACUAGGACUCAGUGGGUAGCCAAACUGCUGCAGGACUUCCAGAGGAGGGUGGAGAACUCAGGCUUCCCCGCGCCCCCAGGCUGGAGACCCCCAGGAAACGUGGAGGGCAGUCCCAACGGGAGUCCGUCCUCUCUCGGGGGUACAGCGGCACCAGCAGCGCCAGGGGACGCUCUGAAGAUGCUGCGCUCCAGCUGUAUGGUGGUGCGAGUGGAUGACUUGGACAUCCACCAGGUGUCCACUGGGGAACGCACCAGCAAGCCAAAGCAGUCCCUCCUGUCCUGCAACCGCAAGUCCCUGAAUCUCCCGGACAACACGCCCGCCAUCCACCUGCAGUUCACCGAGUACUACUACCCCAGCUGCCCCGGCGUGCCUGUUCCCUGCUCUAAUCUGUAUGGCCAGCUGAAUGGCCUCCAGCUGUUUGCCGACGUUCCCAGCCUGGUGUGGAUGGCAGUGUUUUCCCGGGGUCUUCUCCAGACCCUGGAGCAGGUCAAAGCCUUCUACCACCUGCAGGACAGCAGCAGGAGCGAGGAACAUGUCGACGUCCGAGUGGACGCCACGCACCUCAAGCUGAUCGUUCCUCUGGACUCCUCCAUCUUGGAUCAUCCCGACCGACCUCAGCUGCUGUGCGCCGCUCUUCCCCAGGCGGUGCUCAGCAACACCCGUCACUCCCCGCACGGUUCCUACGGCGACCUGCGCGACACCUGCUCCAGUUUCGGCGCGCGCCCCUUUUUCCGGGCCGCCUCGGCGCGGGGCUUCCCGUGCGAGCCGAACGUUUUCCACCCCCUCCCGCCUGCCUUCCUCCGCGCCGCUGCGCUUGACGAACCCCAGGCCUUCAGCCGGCCGCCCCGGGCACGGGAUGUCUGGGGCGUGAGCCUGUCCCGGGUGGCGCUGGGCUUCGAGGGACCACGACGGGCUCCCAGGGGCCGAGUGCUGCCGUUCAUGGAGCCGUUCACAGCGGCUGUGUGGAUGUGCCGUCCGGCUGCCUUCCCGCUGGGCCCCUCGCCACCACCUGGCCCUGCCAGCCUAAGCCCCGCCUUCCCAGGACAGGAGGAGGGGCCCGAGUGUCCUGCAGCGGAUGUACACGUCCUAGCGCAGGCCGUCACUCCGGUCAGGGUGUGGCUUAACCACUACCAGUACCUGGCACUGCUGCGGGUCAAGGACUCGCUGUCCCGGCUGGCUGCGGACCUGGGCCGGGACACGCGGGACCCCCACGGGAGGAACCCGAAGCUGGCAGAACCUCCCACGGCGUGCGUGUCUGUCCUGCUGGAGGUGCUACAGGUCGGGCUGCUGUUGCCGCCAGCCACGGAGGAGGAGCCCAAGGAGGAGGCCGUGUCGCGAGAGGGCUCGGACAGCCAGAGCCUGACGGACUCCGAGGAGCCCGCGCAGGGCCGGGAGGAGGAUGGAGAGGGGGAGGUCUCUGUAGAGGAGGCAUGCGAAGCGCUCGAAGAGGGGCCUGCUGAGCAGACCGGCAGAGUCGCGACCUCGGCCGCGAGCCCUCCGCCCUCGCCGGGAAUCGUCCUCGUCACGGACACGUCCACUUUCAGCCUGGAGGGAGAGCUGUCCAGCGCCCUCAGCGCCACCAAGGAUGUGACUAAAGACGCGCUGAGCGCCUCUCUGGACCUCACCAAGGGGGCGCUGUCCAUCACGAGGGACGCCUUCAGCAUCCUGAGCCGGGGGUCGCCCGUCACCAAGCUGUUCAGCGCCAAGGAGCCAGGCUUGCGAGCAGAUGAACUCAGCACCCCCUUAAUGGGCGGGGCAUGUCGACAGCCCCUUAAACACUCCACUUCCCAGAAUUCCUGUGACAGUGCCACUCUGGAGAGCAGCAUCGCUGACGAUGGCGUCUCUGUGGACAGCGACACCAGUGAAAACUUCAUCAUAAUCCAGGACUCUGACUCAGGGCUGGAGUCCAUGCGCCCCAACGGUACUGCAGUGGCCCCUGAUCUCAGGGUCAGUCCUCCACCGGGGAUUGAGGGGGCUUCGUCUGCAGAGAUGAGCAUCUCCCUGUCUCAGAGCACUGAAGACAUCACACACGACACAGUCUCAGUGCUCCUCCUGUCUGUGGGCGGAGUCAGCUCUGUGGUAGAGCUUCAUGGGGAAGAUGUUGUUAUGGCGACGGAGGCCCAGUCUCUCACCAUGAAGCAGCUGGGCAACCAGAAAAUGAGCGGCCUGCUGGCAGGCAUGGCGCUCGCACAGGCUGCUUCCUCCUCUCACGCGGCCCCGCCCUCCCCUGGCCCACGGUCUCUGUGCUGCCCCCCUGUGGUGGCUCUGCGGAUGGAGCUGGGGCCCGGCGCCGGCCGUCACUGUGCUGCCGCGGAGGGCGCGGGUUUCCUGGAGGCGUGCGUGCGGGGUUGCCGGGCAGAGCUGUCCACCUCCGCCCUGAACACUCUGGGUCCCUUCUUGGAGGAUGAGCUGAGCGCAGAUGCCCAGCCGCUCAGACUGUCCAUGCACGACACCAGGCUCACUCUGAAGGACGACGGCCCACGGGUUUAUCCCACUGCACCCCAGCCCACCCCUGCGUCCUUCUUCCUGGACGGUGUGGUUCUGGAACGUCUGGAUGAUGGCGUCCUCACACUGAGAUGUAUCGGCAGCCAAUCAGGAGACAGAGCUGCAGGAGCAGGCCAGAACCACGACACGACCUGCUGUGGGCCUGGAGAAGAGGGCAAGACUCUGGAGUCUCAACUCUCUGACACCCAGGCCGCACUCACUGCUGCUCUCUCUGACCGGGAGCGCCUCCUGCUGGAGAUUCACAAAUAUGACCCUUUCUUCAACCUGUGAGCUCACACUGGAGGAGCCUCCAUGUCUCAGUAACGCCGAGUCUUCCAGUAUAGUCUCCCUCUCUCCCUCACUCCCCCAGUCUCUACCUCCUCCCCGUGGUGACGGUAUCACCUGGUCUUCUCUUUGAAUGCUCUCGUACACUCUAGUUGAAAUGACUCAGCCCUCACAGGAUCCCAGCACAGUGGGAGGGGCAUUCUGCACUUUGGGCCACACCCCCUGGCCUACUCUCCCAGUAUCUACAUGCUCUCUGUUCCACUGGGGCUCCAGUAGCAUCUCAGUAGGAGUGCACCUCCACCUACCUACAAUGCACCAUUUCCCUGUAGACACCACAGCUCUGCUGUUUUCCAGAUGUGUAGUUGUACAGUAAAGUGGUAUAGUUUUAAAGGCUACUAUUUAGCUGUAUUAACUGUGUGUGGUGGGGGGGGGGGUGUUGGGUCUUAAAAAAUGCAAUGCACUGUAGGAAAGCAGUGCUGAGUUUGAGUUAAACUGUGUAUGUCCGUAUGUGUGCGUUAUCAGGUGCCAUAUUGACAGGCUAAUGCACUCAUGUAGCUCUCAUAAUGCUUCAGACUCCUUUGUGUGUGUGUUGUUUUGUUUUUUUUUAAAUUCAGAGUUUGUUUGCAACAAAACUGUUCAGGUUCUCAUUUUUGUAACAUGAUUUUUUUAACACAAACAUGAGACACAGACGUUGGCUGAAAUGAUUCUGUCAUGGUAACAACAAUGUAUAACAUGUAUACAGUGUCACCUUUUGAUACAUUUACCUUUGGUACUUAUAAGUGUUAUAAAAGUGACAAUUAAAGUGUUCUAACAAAUACCACACGGCUUAGAACAUCAGCAGAACGGUUCCGGCAGUUCUGCAGCUAGUGUAGUGAGCUUGGGUUGGUCUGCUCUGCUGUUUCUGCGAGCGUCUACUCAGAAAAAUGCAGCUGCGUAAAAGUAACCGCAAACCAGACCAACCCUGCCGUUUCAGCAGCUGCGCCAUCUGCUGUCCGUACAGGGGCGUGGCACCCCUUUGUUUUUGGCUGCCUGGCUUGUAGGAUUUUGCACACCAACCUGUCACUUAACUGUUAGUCUCCUGGGAGUAUUCGGUCUUCCAUAUGUGUAACUGGUACCAACGUUUUGUACUGUGUAUGGAAAAGUGUUUAUGAAGACGUCAACGUCUCUGAAAUCUCGCUGUGUUUUACAUACCCUUACAUUCCCCGUGGAGAAGUGUUUUGUUUUGUCAAUGCAUGGAAUAGGCAAAUAUUUUGCUUUUUAAAAUCUUUUUUUUUUAUAUAUAUAUUUUUAUGCAUGACUUGAUAUUUUACGUAGAUGAAAUGGUGUCAAGGUCACAAACUAUUUCCUCCUCUUAAUGAAAAUGUCAAAUGUUGAGUUUAAAUGACGAGGUGUGACCAGGUUAAAAGUGUAAUUGUGUGUUUGCCUCCUGUUGGGUAUGUUUUACAUUAACUUUCCAUUGUGUAUGUGCUGUUAAGUCAAUGGCUUGCCCACCAAGUGAUCAAAUAAUUUUAAUUUUUUUUUUUUAUUCUUUUUAACACUGAUAAUCUGAGGAUACACUCUCAGCGACUUUAACCAGGAGAUGGUUGAGGUGUUUGUCUGGACCCUGGCUGGGGUAAAUAAUUCAUGAUCUAUUACCGUCCAAACCAAAAACAUCCCUUGCACUGGUUCUAUUCUGCUCUGCCGUGGGACUGGCGUUACCGCCAGCACGUCAUACUCCAGUGGCCCUUGGUGGAACUGCAGUAGGAACGGGUCUGCUCUGUGGUGCUGUCCCAAACCAGUUUUCCCCACACUGUGGUUUCUACAGGCAAAGCCCUGGUUCAGAUGUGUUCCCUCAGCCAGCGCGCACACACACUUGGUUUUUAUUUUGGAUGUGUUCUAGUAUCCUGUAGUUUGUAUGGCUUUGCCAAAAGGAUGUUAGUAUUAUCUUUUAAACUUUUCUUUAGUUGUUUUAAUUUUCUCUAAGUGGUAGUUGGGUUAGGCCUUUUGUAAUGAGGCCUGAGUAUUAAAGUCAGGAGUGUUUGAAUGGAUGUGAUGUAUUGAGAUGGUUUUUGGGUAGCUGAGAUGACGGUGUUUUGUUUGAUUUCAACAUGUGAACCUGUUUCAUCGCCUGUCUGUCAGACAUUGCAGCCUGUCACACCACCAACACACACACAGAUUCCUUCACAUUGUUCUGAAUACAAACACAAGUAGGUCCUGCAACAGUAUUGUGAUCUGAUUCCACAUUUUAUACUUUCAUCAACUAUUUAAUUAUUUUAAAAAAACAAAAAAACCUUGGUUCUGUGAACCAUGUGUGGAAAAAUGACCCCGAACUAAAUAAAGAAAAAGUUUAUCUUAA